GUCAUAAACAUUUUGCCUUUGUUGGUGGAAGGUGAAGAAAAAACUUCAAAUCAUCUUUUUUCCACCUAUUUCUUCUCCCUCUCCCCACCUCUUCCACCUUUUUAUUAGGUAUUUUUGCUUAACCUGCUUUCCUCCUUCUUCUCUCUCACCACGCUGCUCUCUAUUGGACAUCUGAAAGGUGGGGACGCAUGCAACAUGUAUUCAAACAGUUUGACCUCCCCAGGUCCAUAUCCGGGCCCCUAUGUGCCCCCUGUCCCUUCUGACCCAUUUCAUUGCCAAGAGGAUGGGAGCCCGGAUGGCAGCUCCUCCUCCAAGCAGUCUGUCUGCUGUAAGAACAGCUGUCCAACAAAACGCCCAGAAUCUGAGGCAUGGACCGGUGUGGAGGAGGUGCCGCCCUCCUCUGGCAAAAUCAGGUCACGCAGCUGUGAUGACUUACUCAGUGACGGGCAUUCUGGCUCAGGUGGGCGCAAUGCCACCCGCUCAGAAAGUGCUGGGUCACUGGUGUGUGAUGGCAAUCCCUCAGGUUCGACUGGAUCCACUUCCACUCGCUCAUUACCUCGACUCCACCGGCGACGGGCGCAUGACUCACCAGGCUUUCUGCAGCUCUAUCGUAAAAUGCACCAGAUUGAUCGAGCUCAGCUCAUCCCAUCCGAAGUCAUCCGCUCAGUCCGGGCUCGUAUCCUGGAUCUAGAGCGUCAACCUCACCUGCUUAGGCAUCACCUCUCUCCCUGGACACCCUCAUGGGGUGUGGAGGUGCCUCAGGAUAUGGUGCCAAACCGCAUUUCUGAAUAUGAGCGCCUUAUUCAGAAAUCCAAAUCCAUGCCCAACUUGGGUGAUAGUGAGGGGCCUUCAGGCACUACUACACCAGGUGGCUCAUCAUCUCGAGCCAGCAGUGUUGGUGGUGCCACACCCAGUUUUCCAAAACGUCGUUUUUCCAUAGAAUCUUUACUAGAAGAAGACAUCAAGAGCAACACUGGAGCAGCACCUCAUGCCAUGGAUCACUUGCAUCGACCUCGUAGCCCACCUGAGGGCCAGCCCCGUGGACCAGAGCCAAGCCAUGCUCGGUCCUUUCCUGCUCCUCCGAUCCCCCAAAUCCCACAAGCCAACCCAGACUACUCUGACAGUGAACAAGACGCCAUUGCGUCAGACCUCAGUGACUUCAUCCAGGUGGAGGGCUCCUCUUUUUACAGUGAGAGUGACUUUGACCAUUGCUCACUAACCUCCUCUGAGAGCUUGUACGGUUCUUCUACCCUUCACCACCACCACCACCUCCGUCAUCUCCACCACCAUCACCACCGCCACCAAGCUGGCCACCAAAAUGUGGGGCAGAGUCAGGGGUACCAACACCGCCACCUCAUAAGCACCUGCAAAGGCCGCUGCCCAGCUUCUUAUACCCGUUUCACAACGAUGCUUCGCCAUGAGAGAGAACGAGCGCGUCAGGAGCUCCAGAGACCUUCACAGCAGAGCAGCAGCAGCCAUUCCCAAAUCCAGAGCUCGCAGUCCCAGCAAGCGAUGUCCAAGCUGGCCUUCCUGGUCAGCCCAGUGCCUUUCCGCAGGAAAAAGGGCUCACCACCUACCUCUAAAAGAAUCAGUGGUGGCGGAGGUCGAGGCAGCAGGCCCAAGUCAAAACAGGACAUUUAUGAAGCGCUAGAUGCUGCGUUGAGAGACAUAUAUGAGCACAUUCAAUCAGAAAGAGGCCACAGAGGCACUAGGGCACCUGAUGACAGCAUCCUGAGGAGAAUACUGGCUGAACUGCUGCCAAACGUGCCUGAACGAAGCUCCUCGUUGCGGGGGAGGAGGGGGUGUUGGCAGGGCGGUCACUCUUCCGCAUCAUUGUACCCAGACGGCAGCCCCACUGAGAAUGCCUCAUACCGAGAGGAUCCAUCCACACCACGGUUACAGUCACCACGGUUACAGUCACCAAUCAGUGCCUGUUACGGACGCCUCUUGGACUCCUCAAACAAUAAUGAAUAUGGAGAGGAGCAGGGAAAUGGAAAUGGUCUCUGUUAUUCAGGUGGAGAUGAUACACAUAUUACACAACUUUGUACAUGUACACUUUGUCAUAAAACCAGUCAUACCUACACAUAGUUUUAUUCCACUCAAACAUACAUAUUUUAAAAAUAUACAUACACAUACAUUCAUAGUAAUGUCUCUUUCAUUGUUUUGAGUAUUGCCUGCGCUCGUUUCCCCAUCGUUCCCUUGUUGUUCAGCCAAUACACAUUACUAUGCAUCUCUAUGUAUUUAUAUGAAGACCUGUUGACCAAGAAUUCUCAAGUAAAAGCUGAUUCUUAAAUUCAGUGUAAAGCUAA